CUUGCAGGUAAAGUUCACGGGAAACUGGGGAGCGCAUGUCAGACGACGAGGGUCGUCUUUUGAUAGACGACAUCCAGGAUGCAUCUGGGUCCAUGGAGCAUGAUUACCCAACAAAUAGUCUAGUUGAAGUGAAAUCCGCACAAGGAGAUGGCGAAAAUACUUCCAUCAACAAGCUCUCAACACCUUUGACCGUCCCCGUGUUUGGUCAGCCACAAGUUACCUCAAGCGGAGAUUUGCAUUUUCAUACCGGAAGUGCCAGUGCUCAAACCUUCUCCUUUACCAAUAACCUCAAAGUUCUUGGUGAACAUGAAUCUCCAUCAACAGUGAACAGCACGCCUCUCAAGCAUAAAAAGAAGUUCCAGCAUGAUGCGAGUCCGUCCGUUUUUGCUCCAAGGACCGAAAAUCACACAUUUAUAACAACACCUCGCAGCUCUACAAUGGCGAAUGAUUCCAGCAGUACGCAGGGAGACGGUGCCACUGUGGGAAAAAGGCAAAAAAGAUUCAAGACGAACGGAGUAUCAAAAGGUAGGAAUGACGGACUGCCACCCAGGAAAAGAAAGGAUAGCUCAUUUGACGAGCAAAAUGUUCCUGAAUCGGAUUCAGAUGAAACGGUGGCGAAAAAACAAAAACCGCAAACUCGUGACCGCGGGACAUGCGUACAUUCUCGCGCUGUGCAGAGCGACGCGGAUUCUUCAUUUUUCGAUUUAGAAGUCGGAUCAACGCGACUUGUGGAGAUGACAGUUAUGUGCAAGAUGGAAAAUAACGAAUUGUAUGUCACUGUCAAAUGGAAAGAUCAAGAGAUGAGCGGCGUUCUUACUGACGGCAGAUCUCCUGCUUAUAAUCCGUACAUGAAAAAGAGGCAAGCGCUCGUGAAUAGCGGCUCGAACAGUUCCAACAACAGUGCGUCUGGUGAAGGAAAUGAGCGAGCACCGAAUAGUGGGGCAAGCACUCCAUCCAAGUAUCGGCAGCAACCCGCAACUCCUCGUGAUUCUAAGAAGAGAAACCUGCCCGCUGAUGCAAAAAGGAAAUUGUCAUGUUCCACAACGCGCCCUGGGAGUUCAGCAGAGCCACAGGAUGAUGAUGAUGAGGUGGACAUAGAAUCAACCGCAGGAGGAUCUUCUAUGGACACUUUCAAACUUUUCGAAGUUCCUGGACGAAAAUUCAUGCACACUUGUCCAUUCGAAGGCUGCCAGCAUCGAUAUGCAAGUGGCGAAGAAAUGGAGUAUCAUAAAGCUACAGCACACGGAAAAAGAGCUGUCAUGUAUGAAGCUAUUUGCUGUCAGACAGACAUCUCCGCAUUACGAAGACGCUCAGUUCAAACUGAUGUUGAAGGGCUCAUAGUGGAGGAGCCCCCUUGCUCAGUGGCAGCAGCGGUAGAAUGUCCCAAGGAGAGCACUCCCGCUCUACCAACAGCAGCGGAAGCGAAGGUUGAAGACCCACAACCAACGAAGUCGCCGGCAGGUUACUCCGACAUCUCUGAUGAUGGUGUCGCGCCACAGCUGCAAAAGGAGGAGCCUACUAGUGACGUCCGUGCUCCGCUUCUAAUCUCAACAACGCUUCCUCCAACUACAGUGACUGGGCCUGCAAACGUGCUUACUUCACCAGAAUUUGCUCCUAGUCCGAAGGAAAAGGAGGCUGUGCCAGAAGCGGAACAGCCCACUUCUCAACAGCACAAGCCUUCUCGUCCUUCUUCUAUGCCAGUAGCACCAGCUACGCCAACUGCUCCACAGUCAUCAUUUCAACCGGUGUCAGCUGAUCGCAAUCGAAGUACUAUGAAUGGUACUGGAGUUAGUCCUGUGUUGAAUUCUGUUGGAACACCAACGUCUGUUUCGGCAAUAUCGGCGUCUGCUCGCUUACCUGUGACUCCCUCUCCUGCUGGACUGUACAUGCCUUCAUUCGCUCAUCAGAUGAUGUCGCCUUUUACUCCUGCUCAGCUCAGUACUCCGACGGUGAAUCCAGCGCCAUCUCCUCAGCAGCAAUCGUUGGGAAAACUUUCUCAGACACAUAUAAAGUCAGACGAUGUCUCCUCAUCGAGUGGUGUCUUAUCAGGUGCAAGAACAAUGCAAUCUCCCGCUGCGCAGAAUAUGCAGCGCCAGUUUGGAUUACAAAUGAUGCAGUCAGGAACGGGUCAACAUCAAGCCGCUAUGAUGCAGGCGGCUGCUGCACAAGCACAAAUGGCGCAGAUGCACCAUCUCUACAUGCAGCAAAUGGCUGCUGGAGCUAGAAACGCACAGUUUUCAAUGGCUGGUACGUCCGCUGGCGCCCACGAAAUGGCGCAGCUGGUCGCAUUACAAGCUUUGCAACAGCAACAACAGCAGAAUCAUUUCGCGAGCAUGUUCCAGAAGUGAAAAAGUUUAUAUCUGUGAUAUCCUGGACAUUCUUUCCAUCACCUUCAAUUGUAUGUGCUCUUUGUUAUAUGCUUGACGUCUGCACUUUCUUUGCGCAAACUCGGCAUCUCUUGCUCACCUCGUUGACUUUGUCUCCUGCCCUACAGUGUUCCUUAUUUUGACCGUUGCCGAGUCUGAGGCCUGUGAUGUUUCAUACAUGCCGCUUAUGCUUCCCUUUUUACGUGUUCAUUACGGUAGUUGAAGCAGCUCCUUUUUUUUUUCGUAUCUGCGCUACCAGGCAGCCGAAAUUUUUUUUAUAUUAAGCAGUAUUCACGCAAGUUGAGUCAAGCUGUUUUCCCUUUUUUGAUCCAUGUAUGGUAGCGCGAACACUUUCACAAUGUUUCUUUAGUUUCUCUCUCAAAUUUACUAUGAUUGUUCCUGUUCGGCGUUGAAAUGAGGACUCAAAAGGUCUUGAUUGUGUAUCUUUCAAGUUUAUAAAACAAAUUUCUUAUGCUAUGCAUUUGCUAAAAGAUAAAUUGUACACGUUCUCAUGUUCAUUCUUCGAUGACUACUUUGAGCACACUUGUUUGUAUCACUGAUGUUUUAAUCUCUCCUCAUUUACUUGCGUGAUUUUAAGAUUCAACUGGAUUAUAGUUUACACCUACUUUCUAUUAAUUCAAAUCUGUCGUUUGUAAACUUGGAAUAGGAUUAGUAAUAUUUUUUUCGACUGUUCAUCAGUAUGACAAGAAACAAUCGGUCUGUAUCGGGUCUCUAAACAGUCACCUUCGUCCUGCUUGUAGUUGUCUUCUAUCCUCUUUAACCAUUCGAUAUUGCAGCAAGAUAUGUUUUGUAUGUUCCUAACUCCGACCGUUCAUGUUUUAGGGAACGUUUUCUAGAGUUCGUGCCCGAGACAUGUCGUUCCCAGUUGCUGGGCAUGUCAGCUUUGUUUUCCACUGUGUUCUUGUUUUACUUAAAUUAUCAAACCUUUAUCGAGAUAUGCAUUGACAAAAUAAAGUGUGCAAAUUAG